CAUUCAUAUAGAUCAGACUUUCAAAUGAGGCACCGCAGCCCACGGCCCGAAUGCUUGAAAUAUCGAGAAAGGAGGUUAGAAACUGCGUUUGGAUGAAUGCCUUGAAUUUCUGGCUUUGGUCCGUAAUGGGAAUAGCCAAUCAUCUAGUCCAAAAGCCGUCAUUGCCGUCCAUCUUCCACCUUCCCGAGUCUUCUCACUUCUCUGAGUGUCGAGCCUUCCCACGAGACGACAUGAGCGAUCAUUGAGCAUGCACCUGACGCUCUGCCAUCGUUCAGGAAUACGCCCCCCCGCCGCCCGCGAAUCAAACUCUGAGUCUCGACCAGAAGGUCAGCCUCGAGCGCC